AUUAAAUCCCUCAUUUUCUCUCUCUCCACUCCACGGCCAACAUCGUCUCCAAAUUCGAAAUCAAUAAUAAUGGAGGAAAGUUUCAGAGUAAGAAUCGACAAAGUAUUCGGACCUCUUUCAUCCUCAACCGCCGCCUCGUCUUCAUCGUCUCUCAGCUCUCUAUGGUGUCUCGCUGACGACGAGAUCGAUACAAACGAACGUGUCAAAGAGAAAGUAGUAGUUUCUGAGCCCCAACCUAGCUUCACGGAGAAUGAUCCGGAAGAUUUAAACGGCGACGUAGACGAAGAAGAACGCUCCACUGUAUUGCAGAAGCCGGAUGAUUUCAACGACGAGGAGUGGGAGAUCAAAUCCUCAAUAGGGAUGGAUACUACUCUUGACAUGGAGGAAGAGGAAGAUGAGAAUGACAAAGUGGCUGUAGGAGAGGAACAGUGCGUUUACACGAAGGAUGUGAAUGACUAUGUAACGGAAGCAGAUGAGUGGGAGGAGCUUCCUUCUUCUUUCAAUGAAAGAGAGAAGGAUCCUCGUGCUAAUUACAUCGCGGCGGAGAUUAGGCUUAAAGAAGACGCUGAUGCUGUUAACAAGCUAAACUCUUUGCACGUCUCUGAGGAUAAUAUGUCUGAUGAGGAGGCACAUGUUGUUGGCGGUUCAGAUGAUAAUGGGUUGAAACCGAUAUUGAAGAGGAAAGAAAGCCAAGCUGACGCUAAGUUGCAGAAGCGUGUUCGGUUUAGUUCUGAUGUUAAAGAUGACAAUUCGACUGGAGAUGACAAAGAUUCUUUGAUGGUGGCAAGUUCCCCCGAGGAGAGUGUAUUGCAGCGAUUCCAUGCAUCUGUAGUUCCGGAUUAUGUUCUAAACCCGUCAAAGUACACUCGAUACACAUUUGAUGAAGGUGAGGUUGAUGAAGAAUCUAACAGGAAAGCGUACAUGGAGUUUCUCAACAUGAUCAGGAGACGAGAUGAGCCUCUUGAAGAGCCUAUGGGUGAGCUUCCAACAUCAGUGGCUUUUGUACCGAAGAAGAAACCGACGGGUGAAAGCAAAGUGGGAAAUACAGAUAAAGGUUAUGAGGGAAGAAGAGGUGCAAUAGCUAUGGUAGAUGCCAUAGAAGACAGUACCGUUUCUGCCAUGGAAGAAGAUGAACCAGAGACAGCUCUAAAUGUCGUAAGAAGACCCGGUCGUCAGUAUAGGGCUAGAGCCAAGGAAGAUGAAGAAGAAUGAAUGUUGAGUAUCAUCAAACUCGCCCUGCAAGUUUGGCGUGGUGUCUUUAUUACUUGAAUUUAAGCAGUCUGGCUGACAGAAUCAAAAUUACUGUAUUGGGGACUUGAUGAUGCCUCUACUUUCGAUUCAAUAAUGAUUAAGUUGUGGGAUAAUAUCAAGUUUUUAUGUACUUCAACGGUGGCAUCGUCAAAGCUCGUAGGUUAACUCAACAAGUUAGACUAAUACAAGUUCUAAACCACCAGUGUAUAUUAAUAUUGUUGAUCAUACAAAUU